AUGGCUGCUACUUUUCAGAUAACAAAAAUCAGCGAAGACCCGAAGUUUCCGGGGAGACCUGUUCUAUAUUUUGGUGGCCAACUCGAUUUAGGUGGUGGUGGAAAUCAAAGUAUCAUGAACGGGAUCGUCAGGGUUAUGGAUGACGGGGAAGAUGGGCAAGAGGUGGUCAGAUGGAGCUUUGUUAGUGGAGAGUCAGGCAAUCCUAUUUGGAGUGGUGAAGGAGUGCAAAUCGGAGGAAUACGGUCUACAUAUGGGGUGUUGGGAUCAUGGACGACCGUAUUCCACGAUAUCGAUGAUCCUGUUGGCCCGUUCUGGCUGCGAAGACGACACGACUCUGAUUGA